AUGCCAUGCUGUGUGCAGAAGUUUAUAGUGAAAAAGAUGGCUCAUCACCACCUAUGGAUCUUGCUCUUUUGCCUACAAACCUGUCUGGAAGCAGCUGGAAGCGACACAGACAUCUUCAUAGUGAAUGGGAUUCUGGGGGAGUCAGCUACUUUUCCCUUAAAUAUCCAACCAUCACAGAAAGUUACCUUCAUUUCUUGGCAUUCCAAAACAUCUGUUGCUUUUGUAACACCAGGAAACUUCGGAGAAGAACCCAAAGUUACCAUAACCCACCAAAAUUACCAUGAACGAAUAAAUGUCUCAGGUCAGAACUAUAACCUGGAGCUCAGAAAUCUGAAGAUUGAAGACUCAGGGAUCUACAAAGCUGAUAUAAAUGUAGAGACCUCUAAAACGACCACCACCAGGUCCUACAACCUUCAAGUUUAUCGUCGUCUUGGGAAGCCAAAAAUUACUCAGAGUUUCGUGACAUCUGUGAACAGCACCUGUAAUGUCACACUGAUGUGCUCUGUGGAUAAAGAAGAAAAGAAUGUGACAUACAGUUGGAGUCCACGAGGGGAAGAGGGCAAUGUCCUUCAAAUCUUCCAGAUCCCUGACAACGAAGAGGAGACUUACACGUGUACAGCAUGGAAUCCUGUCAGCAACAAUUCUGACUCCAUCUCUGCCCAGCAGCUCUGUACAGACAUCACAAUGAGCCCCCAUAUUCACCGCACUGGACUGAUGAGUGGGCUGGCUGUGCUUUCUCUGCUUAUAAUCAUUCUACUUUCAGUGGUUUUGUUCCUUUUGUGCAAGAAAGAAGGUAGGAUUUUCUCACGAGUGCUCCAUCUUACCAUCUCCCAGAAAGACGGCCCCGAUUACUGUAUUCUGAAUGGUCUUCCAAACAUGUUUCUGGGAUCAGCAGGAUGCCAUGGGUCCAGAACUUGGGUCCAAGUUUACGUGAGUUCCUUCUUGAACAACUUCAGUAAGAACCCUGAUGCUUCCUCAAAGAAAACAAUAUACACAUACAUCACAGUUUCAAGAAAAACCCAGGCAGCAGAGUCCAGGAUCUAUGAUGAGAUCCCCCAGUCCAAGGUGCUCCCCACCAAGGAGGAGCCAGUGAACACAAUUUACUCCAUGAUGCAGUACUCUGAUAAGAUGGAGAAAACCAGCACUCAGAACAGCAAACCACUUGGGACUUCAUGCUAUGAAAUUGUGAUCUAG